GACGUGACGAGUGUUUGGCCGGGCAAGGACACACACGGGACUGUUAUGACAUUGUGUAAGUUGGCCAAGUUACGCGUAUUAAUUUGUCACCGCAGUCGUUGACAGACUGGUGACUACUGUACGGGAGCCAUGCUAAAGGAUUGUUGCGUUUAGACGGACGUGGGUGUGGGGGUUCGUCUGGAAAAAGGCUUCUCGGAUGUGAAAAAACCUGCUGCUGUCGUUGGGAUUCCUCCAGGCUGGUCAAUUCUAAAGGAAACAGUCCUUGUGUGUCCUUGCAGCGUCCUCCGUACUGUGGGUGAUGCUCUGCUGCUAACUGGGGUUGCCUCGGGCCCCUGUAGUGAAUGGCUGUGAGCAGAGGGGGUGUCGCCUUCUGGGUGGGUUGUGUCCGCAGCCGUAGCAGAAGGCAGCCCAUAAAGAAACAAAGCUGGGCUCUUGGCCAGGCAGUGGACUUGUGGUGGAUCCGUAACACGCGCCCUCUGAGCAGUGCGCCAUGGGCCCUGGCACCGCCUAACAGCCUGAGGUAUCAGAGCGUCAAGCAGCCGGCGCUCUCCCACCCGUUCCACAAUGCUAGCCCGUCUCAGAGAGGAGGCUUCUAUGACGAUGUCUGGGACGAGUCUCUCGGUGUGUGCGUGCUGGUGCGGCGGGGAGAGUCGGACGGCCUCCACUUCCUGCAGGACAUCCCACUGUUUGGUCACUUUAACCUACGAGAGCUUCUGUCUCUUGAGGCUCCCAAGUCCUUCUCCCUGACCACGGUGGACGGCAGCCAAGAGGAUGACAUCAGCAUGAGAAACGGUGUUUUUGCCAUAGACAGAGAACAUGGCUGCUUCAGAAGUUUGUUUGAAGCAGAGCGGUGUCCCGCGCCGUUCAUGAACGGUUCUCAGUUUUAUUGCUUCCAUUGCCCGGGCGUGGAGCCCGUUUAUGACAGUUGGCUGAAAUCGAAGCGGCAGGACAACAAAAGUGCAGAGCGGCCUCGUCUGCAUCCUAUUACUCUGUGUCUGCAUGCAGAGAGCGCACAGGGCGGCCAUGCUGAAGGAGACAAUGAAGAGCAGGAGAAAAUGGCUGUGAUGUACGAGAGACUGAGGAUAGAGCUUCCAAAACUCUUUAUGAAGAACCACGAUUACACCAUGUAUUCUUAUGACGUGGAGUUUAUCAAUUCCAUCCUGAAUUUCAAGACCAGAGGCCUCGUGCAGUACAAGGUCGCCGUCUCCCUGUGGAGCCUGCUGUGUCUUUGUUACUUAACUGAGUCUCACCUCGAGGUGCUGAAGCUCACCAAGCACGUGGAGGACGGAACCAUUCAGGCUCGCUGGAGGAUCAAGGGCAUUCCUUUCCAUUCUGUGCUCCUUCGCUUUUAUCGCAAAGACAAAUCUAAUCUCUAUAGGACGUAUGAUGCAUUCUCCACAUUUUACCUCGGAGGGGACGGACUCAUUCAUUGUCAUAAAGUUGAAAAGGUGAUGCCGGUUCAACCCCCUGUCCUGCCCACAGUAACUUCCCUCCUGGCCGGGGCUCUGGUGGCUCUGGGGGCCCAGGAGCAUCGGCCCGCCCUCAAUCUGUUGCCCCUCCUCCUGUCCUCGCUGCGACACAGUAGAAACUAACUCCAGAGCGACUGCCAGAAGGACAACGGCCGGUGGAAUCAACAACUGACUGUGACGUCGUCAAUCAUUGCCCUCCAGUUUUACGGCCACACAAAGAACAGUCGCUGGGAAUCAUACAACAAGGACACAAACCUGGACACUUGACAUGGAACUGGAAUCACUCACUUACUACUGCAUUUAAAGACUUUUCACCUGAUUGUUGGAAAAUCCCUGACACGCACACACUAAAUAUGAGAAAUGUGUCCCUGUACGUCAUUGUCGCUAAACGUCUCUUUGCUCCGAGCUUCGUGCCUGAAUGACUUAAGUGCUAAAAAUCUGUGCUCCAGCAUUUGAUGUGACUUCACUCUGUCGUGAUUCAACUCAACAGCAUUUUACUGCUUCUUGAACGUGAGCAAUAAAGCAUGCAGUAGGUUAACAGUCGCUGUUAAAACAAACACUCUCCGAUAUUCAUUCACUCAUACAUACAGUAGAAACAUCCGUCACAAAUAUUAUGGUCUUGUGUUUGAAUUCUGUGUAUAUUGAUGCAACAAAUCCUGGCUGUGUGAAUAAAGAAAUCUUAUGAUCGA